AUGGCUUUUGGCGUCACCACACCCGAAUUUUCCGAAGGCUGCGCCGUGGUCUUUGGCGGCUCGGGCGGCCUCGGCCGCGCGAGCGCCGGCCUGAUGGCGGAGCGCGGUUCCAACAUUGUCGUCACCUACCGGUCGCGCCCCGCCGAGGCCGAGUCCCUAGUAGAGGAACUGCGCAAGCUCGGGCGGCAGGCGAGCGCGGUGGCCUGCGAUGUCACCGAUCGCAAGGCGGUCGAGGCCGUCUUCAAGCACGCCGUGGAAACGUACAAGCGGGUGCACACGGUAGUGUCCGCCGGCGGCCUCGUGUUUGACACGGGCCCGCUGGCGGGAUUCAAGGAGGAAUCCUUCCGCGGCGUCAUCGAGACCGACGUCUACGGCUUCUACAACAUCGCCCAAGUCGGCGUGCCGGUACUGCGUGAGGGCAAGGGCGGCUCGUUCGUGGCCCUGGUCACCAGCGCGGUGAGCCGCACCGUGCCGUGCGAUGCGCUCUCGGCCACGCCCAAGGCCGCCGUGGCAAUGAUGGUGCGCCAGCUCGCCACCGAGGAGGCUGCUAACGGAAUCCGCGCCAACGCCGUGGGACCCGGCGUUAUCAACGCCGGUAUGGUGUUGCCGAUGAUGGGAACGCCGACGCGGGCGCUGUUAGAGGCCGCCACCGAGGGGACGCCGCUGAAGCGCUGGGGCGAGGCAGCCGAAAUCGCCGAGGCAGUCGCGUUCUUGGCCUCGUCGAAGGCGUCCUUCAUCACCGGCCAGAUCUUGAUGGUCGACGGCGGCCUCGCUGCAUAA